UUUAGCCAAACAGAGUAUAACUCUCCAGGUGUUUUUUUUUUUUUUGGGCUCACGCCGCCGACGCCGGUUUAUUCUAUCGUCGCCGUUUUCGUCUCCUCUCGGAAAAUAUUUAAUUCCCCACCUUCGGUUGGACUUCCGUCUUUUCUGUUAUAGAUAUCGAGAAUAUUAUCGAGACUAUGUCGUGCCAUCGGAGCUCCCAGAUUCCACAACAACAAGAUGAAGAAGUUGAAGAGGAAGAAUAUGUCAUUGGAAGCAGCCUUGAGGGGGACUAUGGUGCACCUUCUGAAGUAAGCUGGUAUAUCCUGGGCGAGCAUCAGCAACAAGUUGGCCCUUAUGCAUUUUCUGAGUUGCUUGAACAUUUUAUAAAUGGGUACCUCACUGAAAGCACACUUGUAUGGGCCGAAGGAAGAAGUGAAUGGCAGCCAUUGUCCUCAGUUCCUGAGUUGGUUUCAGGGGUUUCUCAAAAUGCUGCUGAUUAUUCCACUGCAGGCAGAGCUGGCCAGCUGGAGAAUUUGUCCAAUUUUGGUGGAGUGGUGGUGGAGGCAGAGCCGGGGGUCUUGAGAAAUGGAUCUCUCCCAGGCAAUGAAGAGGAAACUGUCUCGUCUAUCAUAGCAUUCUCCAAUAAUGAUGAUGAAUUUGAGAAAUGGCAAAGAGAGGUUAGAGAGGCUGAGGCAGAGAAAGAAAUGUUGAAAAAUGGAUCUGUUUCUGGCAAUGUUGGUGGCGGCUUGGGUGUAGAUGAAUAUGAUAGGCCUACGACACCACCAGAGGGUGAGGAGCAAUUUACUGAUGAUGAUGGGACUACUUAUAAGUGGGAUAAAGGUCUAAGAGCAUGGGUUCCUCAGGAAAAUGCAUCAAGUCGAAGUGAGUACAGACUAGAAGACAUGACUUUUUUGCAAGAUGAGGAAGUCUUUGCAACUUCAAAUACUGCUGAUGCCUCUGAAAAGGAACAAGUAAAUGGGGACAAAGAACUGGUGGAAGAAAAGCAGAAUGGCAAGAGAAAAUUGUCAGAGAAACAAUCUGACAUGAAGGAAGCUAAUAAACCUCCUGAUAGUUGGUUUGAAUUGAAAGUCAACACACACGUUUAUGUAACUGGGUUGCCCGACGAUGUUACUACUGAGGAACUGGUGGAGGUUUUUUCGAAGUGUGGGAUAAUCAAGGAGGACCCUGAAACGAAAAGGCCUCGUGUGAAGAUAUAUUUUGACAGAGAGACAGGAAGAAAGAAGGGAGAUGCACUAAUCACAUAUCUGAAGGAACCCUCAGUUGCUUUGGCUAUUCAAUUUUUGGAUGGAACACCUUUUCGUCCUGAUGGCAAGAUUGCUAUGUCAGUCACCCAAGCAAAGUUUGAGCAAAAAGGAGAUACAUUUAGAGCCAAGCAAGUUGACAGCAAGAAAAAAAAGAAGCUGAAAAAGGUUGAAGAGAAGAUGCUUGGCUGGGGUGGCCGUGAUGAUUCUAAGCUUAUGAUUCCAGCUACUGUUGUGCUCCGUUUUAUGUUCACUCCUGCUGAAAUGAGGGCUGAUGAAAAUUUAUGUUCAGAACUAGAGGCAGAUGUUAAAGAGGAAUGUGCGAAGCUUGGUCCAGUGGACUCAGUCAAGGUUUGUGAGAAUAAUCCACAAGGUGUGGUUUUGGUGAAAUUUAAGGAUAGGAAGGAUGCUCAGAAGUGCAUAGAGUUGAUGAAUGGAAGAUGGUUUGCCCGUAGACAAAUACAUGCCAGUGAGGAUGAUGGGCUGAUUAAUCAUGCUCUGGUCCGAGAUCUGGACGAGGAAGCUGAACAACUGGAGCGGUUUGGUGCUGAAAUUGAGGCAGACUGAGUUGAUGCCAAAUUUGCGCCAUUGCCCCUGAAGAUGAUUACAUAUUAUUGAUAGUAUAGAUGGUUAUAUGUUGUAGAGAAUAAUGGGAACAGUCUGUUGUUGAUUCUUGCAUAGCUUAGAAUCCAAGUAUCCAGGAAAUGAUACGAUACUCCUUAGGGCAUAUCAGCUGUGGAUACAUUUACUUUCCAAUUUUCCUGCUGUUUGAGAAACAAAAAACUCUGAUGUGAGUUUUGACAAUCUCAGAUGUGGUGAUAAUGUGAGCUUGAGUAUAAAAGACGCUAAAUUUAAAGAGAGUUUCCAUCUAU